AUGAAAUCUUUAAAAUUCUUCUGCCAGGAGCAUGUCGCUGGGGGACACCUGGCCUCCAUCACGAGCCAACACAUCCACAGAGAGGUGAUGAACAUGAUGCAGCGGCAAAACGGAGCACUUACUCGCAGCUGGAUUGGAGGAUUACGAUAUUUAAAGACUGGUCGCUUUAUCUGGUUGGAUGGAUCCCACUGGAGCUAUGCUGAUUGGCUGUCAGGGGAGCCCAAUAACACAUCAGAUGUUGAGGAGUGUGUGGAAGUGCUAGCACAUGGAAAUGGAAAGUUCAAUGACUUCACAUGCCGGGAACAUCAGGCUUUCAUCUGCUCGUACCCUUAUUAGUGGAUGAACCAUUCUUUGUCUGAUUUGAUGCAAAGUUUGUUACUUUUUUCUUUGAAAAUCACAUCUUGGAAAGCAAAUGGACUGACUAAGAGGCAAUGACUUAAAUAUAAUGCAGUUUAUUGUAUGCAACUGGAAAAUAAG